AUGUCAAAGCAAAUAAUAAAGUUAAAAAAAUUACUACAACUAAUAUCUCCCUUGAAUCAAAUUGAUACUAAACAACUAGUGCAAAGGAUUGAAUUAGACCAACAAGAAAAAUGGAAGGAUCCGUUAGUCACUAUGUCAAGAGCUUUAUUGAAUUCACUAUUGUUACAGGAACAAUUACGACUCUACAGAAGGUCUUCCCUAGAUAUCAACGGUUAUGAUUUUAAUUGGAAUGAAAAAAGGCAAGACAUGAAUAAUAACAAUUAUCAUAGGUCACAUUCCUUAAACAGAUAUCUUACCCGUUUUAUUAAAAAACAUGAUUUACAAGGUAUCUCAUUAAAAGGUAAUACUCUUAAUAGGGAACCACUUGGUAUACCUUCACGCAUCUUGGCUGCUAUGGAUAAUAGAGCUUUGCUGAUUAUCUUAGGCUGGUGCCAAUUGAAUCACUGCCUGAAUCACAGUCUACUACAUUCAUUGAUUAUAUCAAAAUAUGGUACAUCAAGUUCAUUUUCGUCAGAGAGUUUUUAG